AUGGGCAAGAUCGUAGCUGCUAUUGGUCUAUCCCAUGCUCCCGGAGCCAUUGGGUUUCCGGAGACAGCACAACCAGAUGCGCGAGCUCGUACCGAAGAAGCGACUCUCAAACUUGGUGAAACACUCACAAGAGCCAAGCCAAAUGUGAUCUUUGCGUUCCUUGAUGAUCAUUUUGAGAACUUCUUCCGCACGAAUAUGCCCACCAUCGCGAUUGGCGUGGCCGAGACACACAGUGGUCCGGCCGACCAACUCAUGGAAGCCCUCCGUGUGCCCAAGAAACACUACUUUCCAGGUAACCCAAAAGUUGCAGAGCAGCUACUCACAGCGCUUGUCCAUGAUGGCUUUGACUGCUCGCGGACAGCCGAAGCCGAAUUUGGUCAAAAUGUGCUUAUGCCCUGGGUCUUGAUGAAGGCGGACCUUCCGGACGUGAGCGUCAUUCCUAUUUACCUCAAUGUCUUUACACCACCUCUCAUGAAAUAUUCUCGUGCAUAUGCUCUCGGCCAAGCCGUUCGAAAAGCAAUCACGGACCUUCCAGACGAUUGCCGAGUCGCAUUGAUGUGCACGGGUGGCCUUUCACAUUGGCCGCCAUACUGGAACCCAAACCAAGCUGGUGAAUUACCAACUGAUCCAUUUUUGCAGAAGAUGAAAGAAUAUCAGACAUAUGGUCACCCGGUUUUGAAAAAGUAUCCCAAUUUGUUCGUUGAGCUAGACGAAUACGAAAUCGAGAUGGCAAAGAAGAAUGAAUACCCUCUUAACUCAAAGCAUCCGUUGAUCAACGCCGAAUGGGAUAAGAAAUUCCUCAAACACUACUGUAAUGGUGAUAGUGAGUGGUUGAAGAACCUUACUUAUGAGGAGGUAGAAGAAGAAGCCGGUCAUGGAGGCCAUGAAGUUCUGAAUUACGUGGCUGUUGCAGGUGCUAUGGAUGGCAAGAAAGCAAAGCUCUUGUUGUAUGAGCCGGUACUUGAAUGGAUUUGCGGUAUGGCAUAUGUUGAUUAUGAAGUUGGGGAGUCUGAGACUGAGAACGUGAAUGGUACCAAUGGAGUUCAUUGA